AUGGCCAACGCGGGUAAUUUGCAGACAAUAACCUCCAUCUCCUCCCUUCCCAAAGAGCUGGUAUCCGAGGUUCUUGCACGUGUCGCAGUUUCUUCAUCCACUGAUCUUUUUCGGGCAAAACUAUGUUGUAAGGUGUUUUGCGAAGUUUCUGAAGAAAACUAUAUUUACCAGCGUGUGUCCCUCGACAAGUUUGAAAUCAGUCCAUGGCGUAAAAAUCAUAAAGUUUCCAUGUUCUUGGACAAGUGCAGACGAAGUAAAAAUCCAGAAGCCUUGUAUCGAAAAAGGGUGGUUGAUUAUUUUAGAGGUAACAAUCCAGAAUCAGCAUUGGAAUGCCUAGAAGAAGCUGCGAGAUCAGGCCAUGACGAAGCUGCCUAUGCCUUGGGAAUAAUUUUCGUCUUUGGUGGGGAUGAAUUAAAGCGGAAAGGUAUGACUCUGCUUAGCGCCAUGAAGAAAUCAAGAAUUCAGAAACGGAGAGUGAAACAUUGCCAUGACAAUUUGUGA